UUAAAUAAUCAUUAUGAUAUUGUACGAAUUUAAUCCCAUGUAAUACGAGUAUGCUAUUCAAUAUGUGUCCAUUUUUUCCUCUAAGGAUAGCCGUUAAAGAUUCAUUGGUUUUAAUUAUUCUAGUUAUAUUUAAUACAAUUCAGGUAACAGAUCUGGCAAAUAAUGAUAUGGAUCUACAAAGUAAACAGAGCAAAUCGAAGGAAGAUGCUAACAGUAAACUAGUUAAUUUUAAUAGUAAUGAAGAUUACCUGACGAAUUGCCCGGUGAACCAGGACAAUACGUCGGACUGCUUUACACUCAACUAUCCUUGCAUUAAUUGUGUCAGGGAUAUUGAUUGUGUAUAUGGUAACAUGUAUAAUUAUACAUGUGUUGUAAAACCUAAGAUUAUUUGCAAUGGUUCUAAAACAUUCAACAGAACGGCAAUGUGUCGCUUCUGUUAUCAAACUGAAAAAUGGGAACAUCGAUGUGAACAAAAAGCCAAUUGCAAUUCAUUGGCUUCACCCACAAAAUUUUAUUUGACAAAUUGUACGGUCUCCGACGAUGUGAUUUGCUUAGGAAAACGAAAGUUUUUAAAGAAAGUACGCUGUUCCUGGACAUCUGGGACUAGAUGGGGCACUGCUCUCAUUCUUGCACUAACUCUUGGUGGAUUCGGCGCUGAUAGGUUUUACCUUGGUCACUGGCAGGAAGGAAUUGGAAAGCUCUUUAGUUUUGGGGGUCUAGGAGUUUGGACUCUAGUCGACGCUCUUCUUAUUGGCAUUCACCAUCUUGGCCCAGCAGAUGGGUCGGUAUACAUUUGAACAAUUAGGUGGAAUUAGUGUUAAUUACUAGUGUUUUAAUAAAUUAUUGUGUGUUA